GAUUAUAUCGUUCAUCAUUCUUUCGUCAAAGAAUUAUCAAAAAAGAAUAAUAAUUCUGAAAUUGCAAUACCUCAUAUUUAUGUAAGACUUUUAAAUUUUAUUGAACAACUUCUUGGAUCAAGCUUAUGGGAUGAUAUUACAAAAAAUAUUAUGGCUCCUGAUGAAUUAAUCUCUUCUUUCAUUUUACCUGCCCGUAAAAUAAUUUCUAAUAUCUUCAAUCCAUCAUCUGUAUCUGCUAUUAACAGUGUUGGCAAUUUUACCGGCCAAAAAGCGGAAAUUUCUGCGAAGUUCAUAUAUUUUUUUGGCCAAAAAGGCCAAACAAAUAUGAGUUGGCCGAUAAAAUUGAUAACACUGAUUAUUAAUGAAGAACAUUUUGCAGAGAUUUCUUGGAUUGAUC